UGCUAAUUCGGACUGAGCAAGUAAUAUAGUUUGCCAUUGUGGGCAAAUUUGUAGGAUAUUUCCAGAAUCAGCAUAGAAAUAUAGCAGACACAUUAUAAGAAUAUAUUGUUUUCUAUAGGUAUAUUCUUUAGAAUGACGUCUUCUAGCAAUAACUUUUGUUUUAAGAUGAGGCGGAGUCAUUCUAGAACUACUUUUAUUUAGCAAGUUAUGGCGACUGUCAAGUAAUUUUAGUAAUGGCGACCAAUACAAUUAUGAAAGAGCAAGUUCAGCAGCAGCAGUACCAUCAUGUAUGUGUGUAAAAUAACCAGGGAUAUUCAUUUGAUAACAUGUUAGUACAAUUAGUAAUCGUUUGUAUAUGAUUAUAUCUUCGGAAUUAUUGUGUUAAUUGGCAAUUACGUUGGUAAACAUUGAAGCAGGUGCGCUGUGAAGUGAAAAUUCCUCACAUAUCUGAGGCAAAAAUUUUCAGUGUUUUCAUUGACAUGACUUACAAAGUGUACUCCAAUAACGAGAAACACCAAAAUGAUAAACAAAAAGCGGAAUAAGUAACAAAAUCCCGUAUUAAAGUUAACUGAUUGGCUUUAGUCAAGGUCAGAAAUUCUCGACCUUGCAUUUGUGUGUUGACAGCUGUUUUUCCGUCUGUCUGUUUUAUCUAGUCAAGUGGGGCGACACAGCUCUACAUCCUGUAAGUCACACUGUGACUGCAUUUGACUUGCUCUCACAACAUAAACAAUGGAGAAAUACGAAAAGAUCUGCAGGAUCGGAGAAGGCUCCUACGGUGUGGUGUUCAAAUGUAAAAACAAGGAAACAGGCCAGCAUGUGGCCAUUAAGAAGUUUGUUGAGUCAGAAGAAGACCCGUUGAUUAAGAAAAUUGCAAUGCGGGAAAUACGAAUGUUAAAGCAACUGAAGCACCAGAAUCUAGUAAAUCUGAUCGAGGUGUUUCGACGGAAGAAACGUCUGCAUCUUGUGUUUGAAUACGUAGAUCACACAGUGCUUAACGAGUUAGACAGACAUCCUAGAGGUGUUCCAGAGCCUAUGGUGAAAAGAAUCAUCUAUCAGAUUUUACUUGCUGUAAAUUUUUGUCAUCAACAUCAUUGUAUACAUCGGGAUGUGAAGCCAGAAAACAUACUGAUCACACGGCAAGGCCAGGUGAAGUUGUGUGACUUCGGGUUUGCAAGAAUAUUAACUGGUCCUGGUGACGAGUACACAGACUAUGUAGCUACGCGCUGGUAUAGAGCCCCGGAGCUACUUGUCGGAGAUACGCAAUACGGGCCGCCUGUCGACGUUUGGGCCAUCGGGUGUGUGUUCGCGGAGCUACUUACGGGACAGGCGUUGUGGCCCGGAAAGUCAGACGUGGAUCAACUGUAUUUAAUAAAGAAAACCCUCGGGGAUUUGUUGCCACGACAUGUUCAGAUUUUCUCCACCAAUUCCUUCUUCAAGGGUAUGAUUAUACCAGAACCAGAGAGACUGGAACCAUUGGAAGAAAAGUUUAUGAACUUCUCCGAUCUAGUGUUAAACUUUUUAAAGUCAUGUUUGGCGAUGAACCCGGAUGAGCGACUGACAUGUGCGGAACUCAUCUGUCACACAUAUAUGGAUCAAAACAAGGAGAUAUUCGAGCCACAGCCCACAAAGAGAGAGAAGAGGGUAAAAAAUUCACAAAGAAGUCUCCACUUUAACCAUCACCAGCAGCUCUCUCUGUUCCAGCAGCCCUACAACCACCAGUUCCCCCACCUCGGGCCCCAGAAGACUUCCACCUCGCCCGUACCCCAACAUAAGGGCAUCUAUCACAACAAGAACACCAAGAAGCCCUUUGAUCACCUCCCCAACAUCUGACUUUUCGGUCAAGGGGUUCUGCGACAUGAUGGGCACUAGUUACACCUACCUGAUCUAUCUGGGACCCUGGAGGCCAUUCACACCACUGACAUUUGGGAGCAAUAAUAUUUACCUGUUUAACUUUGUAGUCUUUGUGUAAACGCGCGCAGAGGCUGGUGUUACACAUUCCGCACAUCGUGGGCUACUCCCAGUCUUGCCAGUGUGUUCUCAAUACUUGAGUCUCUUUUUGGGGAAAUAAGGCUUAACUCAGGCUUAUCAAAGAUGACACGAUCUGUCUAGAAUGGAUUUUUGCUGAGAAUAUUCUUUGUUUAAGCGAAAGAAUACGAUAAAAUUGAAGGUGUCGUUACUGAUUAGCCUGUGCAAAUGCACAGGCUUAUCUGACAAAACACUUUAUGCAUAUGUAUAAGACCAUUUUCCUGGAACAUAGGAAGAUGAAUCCUUCUCCACUGUGCAUGUUUGUUUUAUCUGCGCACAUUAGACAUGUAUUUGUCUACAUGAGUCUUUUACAUUAUUUCUAAAUAAGUCAACUUAAAGUAAUGUUUGGACCUUAAAAACAAGGCAUCAUGUUUGUUAACUGUUUGUUAAGGCAGCAUAUUUUGUUAACUGUCUUUCUUUAUUGCACCUUGUGCUCUACCUUGUCUCUAAAUGAGAAAAAACAAAAAUCAACAAAACUUAGUCACUUAUUUAUGGAAGGAUGCUUGCAUAUUAGAUUAGUUCACCAAUAAUCCUGAUGUGCCAAUAGUUCCAAGUCAAUGAAACAAACAAGAUUAAAAUUAAAUGUAAAAAAUAUCAUGAAGUCAAAUUCUUUUGUAAAAACAAAUUGACUUAAAAUGGAAAUGUGCAGAUUUACAUGUACAAAUAAUGGCUGAUGCCGUUUACGAUACUUCGGUCUACCCAGUAGGUCCAAUUAAACCUGCCAAUAACAAACUCUGUUGGAGCCUUACUUUCCUGUCAUGAAGGGUAAUGCAUGCAAUGUUUGGAAGUGUAACACCAGGCUUUUCACCAUUCUAGUUAUGUGUGGUUGAAGUUGAAUGUAGAUGAGUGAAUGAACAAUAGAAGAGGAAAAUGUGCGACUGACUGACUUAGCUAACUCCAUUAUUAAGGUAUCUAUGUAUAACACAUCAAAUUGAUCUAAUUAGGUUCUUUACAUUGUAGCAUAGAUUAAUUUUUUUCGUGGAAGUUUACCAUGUGUAUUUGUUGAUUUUUUCCCUGAAUUUUCACUGAAAAUAAUUAGAAAUAGCCUCUCUUAUUACUUUAGUAUAUUAUUUAUUCAAACGGUAUAUUCAAAGAUUUGUUAUUUUCCAUAAUUUUUAUUUGGCUAUAUAUAAUUUGUUUGUAUGUCCAUAAAAGCAUAUGAAAAUUUGAAUCUUGUACAUUCUUCAAAGAAUACCAGCAGCUUAUGGUAUUCUAGUUUAUAGAGAUUUAUAAUAUAAUAUUACUCAGAGGUCACGAUGAUAGCUAGCACCAUGUUAGCCUCCCUCUAGCAAAAUGGAGCUUAAUGCAUGUGCGUUUAGUCCUUUCAGCGUUGGAACCGAAUUUUAAAGGCCAUUGCAAACAGUUUGGAUCCUGAUGAGACGCCACAGAACGUGGCGUCUCAUCAGGAUCCAAACUGUUUGCUAUUCUGAUAGUAUUCUUUGAAAAAAAUCGAAGAAAAUGCUAAUUUUAGAAAUUCAGCAGAAGACAUUUUAGCAGACGACAAAGUUUCCCAGCAUGCAAAGGUUUAGUCUUGUCCCUUAUUAGCCUGUACAGUCCUUACAGGCUAAUCAGGGAGGACUCUUUCCACAUAGUCUCUAUUUCAUUUAGAAGAGAAUUCUUUGAAAUUAAGAAUGCCAUAAAGGCAUUUUACGCACAUGUAUUAAGACCCUAUUUUCCCAGACUAUGGGGUUAUAUAUAUUAAGUAUAAAUUGUAAAGUAUGAUAGUCAUUGGCAUAAUUGCACUAAACAGCUAGUAAAACAAUACCACUUCCUUGAUGAUUUAUGCAUAGAAGAAUGCUUGUUAAUAAGUCAUGUCCUCUUUCGUAUUUGGCCAGAUACGUAGACCAUUUCUUCUCGCACUGUUUAUAUCUUAUUGAAAGUUGAUUGAGCUAUUUAGAUAAGAUUAAUGGACUUUUCAUUGUGUUGUUUCAAGCAAUUUGUUUAAUUAAAAAGUGUUAAGGUCAAGUAAUGUCAUGUUAAAUUGUGAAGGUAGUAUGUUAUAUAACGUUGACUAGGGACAAUAGUGAAGCUGAAGAUCAGAAACACUGUACAGUCAUUUCUGUGAGACAUUAUUGUUUAUUGUUUUUGUGGGUUGACCGAUCAUCACAUUUAACACAACACAUCGGUGAAUAACAUGAAUGUAUGUGUCCCAAAGUUUUGUUAAGCACUAAAUUUCAUGCUGACAAAUAUGAAAGAUGUGCAUGGUAUAUCUGAACAUCUUAAGUUAAAUUCCUCUCCAGAAAAUAAAAAAAAGUAAAUGCUAAAUGAAGUAAAUAGUAAGGGA